CAAAUAUUCGAAGUAGCUAAUGUACACUUGUGGUAUACUACCAGUAAAACGCAGUGCCGCCAGUAGUGUGCACUAACAAAACAACUUAAAAGCUUAAAAACUGUCGUUGAACUUUGAAAUAAUCUGCUAUUACGAAACAUCCUAAUAUAAAUGCGUGUUUGACCUUGGGAUACAAUUCCAAUACAAAUCAGCUGUACGAUGCGCCCGGUUUUACUACAAUCUGCUUUUACUCAACGUUUGCUUAACCAAGGACAGCUUACGAGAUGGAAAGAUGUAUGGAGUUGUUUUGCUGCAAAUUUUUAUAAAAAGAGUAGUGAUAUACCAUCAAAUUCUUUACCAGCUAUAGCAAAGUAUAUGGCCGACACUUCCAAAAAUGUGCUUGUGAUGGCUGGAGCUGGCCUUAGCACACACAGUGGAAUUCCAGAUUUCAGAUCUCCUGGAACUGGACUGUAUGAUAACCUCCAGCAGUACAAUCUUCCAUAUCCUGAAGCAAUAUUUGAUUUGGGAUUUUUUGUGAGGGACCCACGACCAUUUCUUUCAUUGGCAAAAGAGCUUUAUCCUGGCAAAAAGUAUCGGCCAAAUCUUGGACAUUAUCUUGCCCGCUUGAUAAAUGAAAAAGGAAAGCUGCUGAGAAUGUAUACCCAAAAUAUUGACGGUUUGAAGAGAUUGGCUGGUUUGCCUCCAGAGAAAUUGGUUGAAGCACAUGGAGGCUUUUCCUCAGCAUCCUGCAUUUCUUGUUUCAAGGAGCAUGACCCUGAUGAAACAAGAGAAGCUAUCUUCCGAGAGGAAGUAAUUCGCUGCACAAAUGGGAAAUACCAAAAGCUCAGUGGAACCAAUACUGGAAAUAAGUGUAAUCUACAUAAAUAUUUAAACUCAUUUAUUGUGGUGCAGAUAGGUGUCUAUUAUUCAGGAACAGUUUUUAUAGGUCUUGUGAAACCUGACAUUGUUUUCUUUGGAGAGGCAUUACCAGACCGUUUCUUCUUGUACCAAGAUGAUGUUCUAUGGGCAGAUCUUCUUAUUGUCAUUGGUACAUCUUUGGAGGUAUACCCAUUUGCAGCAAUUGCCGAUGAAGUGCCACAUGAUGUCCCACGGCUAUUGCUGAAUAGGGAUGUAGUUGGAUCCUUUGGUAUGAGGAAGCAUGACACUAUCGUAACAUGUGACAUUAUUGAAGGGGUUACAAGACUUGCCAAGGAACUUGGUUGGCAUGAGGAGCUGAUGGAACUGUAUACCAAACAUGAGCCAUGCACGUGAAAAUGGCCACUGAGUUAUUUAGAGUGGCAGUAUCUUUUGCAUCAUUAGUUGCAAGUACAAAAUGUAAUAUUGAAUAUAUACAGCAGGCAGUUCCCCGUUUGCUGCUCAUGUAGUUGUUGGCAAUAUCAUGUAGCUAAGUUAUGUUAGAACAUACUACAGUUGUAUUUUAGUAUGUUAAAUACAAGAUAUUGUAAUAUGUGUGAGUUUUGUGUGAAACAGAAUGAUUUAUAACUUGAGUUCCUGAAAUUAUACUUUGUCCAUCACAGAGAUCUUGUGGAAUCUGCGCUAAAAUUUGCUAGUGAUUUGGUACAUUUACACAAUUUUGCCAUGGUACAUAAAGAGCGUAUUUCAUACAUUUAUAUUUCCUUCAAGGCUGUAUUUGAUCCCUCAUAUUUUGCGUGCCAUUUAUAGUAAUUUUAAGUUCUUCUCGUGCACUUAUAUAAAUCUGAAGAAGUAGAGGGACACUCUAACUGCAAAAUAAAAACAGUAAAAUAAAUAAAUAAUUUUUUGUACUAUUAUUUUUGUGCUUUAUCUCAGAUGUGUAACAAAUCUAAAAAUGUAAAUAGUAUGUAUGUAUCGAGCUUGUCAUUGUGAAACCAAUAGAAAUAUUAGUAAAGCUAUAAGCAUACGAUACUGUGAGUCACGUUUACAGUGUUACUGCCUUUAAACAAAUGUGCCUCAUCUAAAGAGGUGUAUGCAAGUACUGGUGACUGGUAAAUAAAAAUGAAAUAUGUUUUAAA